AUGAAGUAUUUCCAUUCGGAGAGCUCGGCUCUGGAGUGUCUGGACAUUGAAUCACUGAACGGUCUUGAGACGGAGCAACUGAGCUGGCUGGGCAGGAUCCGGUACACCCGGUCUUCCGGCGGAGUGUGGUAUCCAUGCUCCGGCGUUGCCAUCACCCCCCACCACGUCCUCGCUCCCGCCCACUGUGUAAUGUUCCAGGAGAAAAGGGAUAUAUUCAGCUUCUUGGUGGACAAAAAAUUGCACGCCGUCAGUCAAGUCUUCAUUCACCCCGAAUAUCGCCUGGAGAGCUCAACUCACGAUGUGGCGGUCUUAAAGCUUAAUCACAGUCUCAGCUCUUGCCUGGCUCUGUCCGAGGUCGAGGGCUUCGAAUCCCUGAUUGGCCAGCGCUUGGAUGUGGUCAGCUCGGCGGAGAAGCACCCGAAGAACGUCCACGCCCAGGCCAAGGUUACGGGUCAAUCAUACUGCCAGCGUAAAUUUAAGGAUUUUAAAAUCUCUGAGAACGAGGUGUGUGCGCACCUCCUCCACCGAAACAAUGAGUUUCUGAAUGGUGCAGCUUUGUUGGGGGUCAAAUGGUUAAGCGGAACUGAGUCCUGGCGCCUACUUGGAAUAUCAACACACGGACCCUACGAAAGGAACAACCAGGUGCCUGACCUAUAUACUCUUGUUGCCCCGUACGCAAAGUGGAUUAAGAAUAUAACCAAGAUGUACUGA